AUGCGUGAUUCCUGCUUGGUGCUGCUGGCCAUUGUACUCGCUACAUGUGCUGAAGCUACCUCGACCAAGUGGUCACUUUUGCCUCAUUCGCUCCGUUCAAUGGACGCACAAGACAUCGCGUCCACGAGGCUGUUGCGAGGCUACGAGGCCGCGGACAGUGUGAAGGAGAGCAGCGAAGAUCGAGCGACUGGUAUUAAGCUCCUUGACGACUUCUUUGAGAAUCAACAGUUGAAGAUGUGGGCGAAGAAGGGGGUCUCAGCUGCCAACGCUUUGAGCCUGACGAAGCUUGACGACGCAGGAAACGACAUUUUCGCCAGCCCCUCGUGGAGGGACGUUGGGUUCGCUACGUGA